AUGGUGUACUCCGACGGGCAGGGAUCAGGGCAAAAGGGGAGUGUCUGGAUCCCGGUAGUCAGAGUUUCUGAAUCCGCAACCAGAGCUCUUGUGGCUCUGGUCAACUUGCCCUAUUUGGGGUCAGGCAGGGUAACCUCAAGGUGGACCCAACAGGGCUCCUCAGGGGGACCUUCAGCGUCUGGGGAUGCUCUGACUUAUUUGUUCAAUAUUCAAAACAGGAGUGAGGUUCUUAAUCUGACUCUAUUCUCGGAGUGGCUGAGAAGUAGGGGAGUGGACUGGAGAUUCUCUAAGGAAGAGUCUCUCUCGGAUCACAAAUAUAUCCUGUUUCAGCUAAACCUAGCUAAACCAGUGGUUUCAAAAAUCAGAAACCCUAGAAAUACACUCUGGGACUCAUAUGAAGAGGAACUCAGGGGAAGGCUAGUGGAAUUUCCCACAAACAAUAGCAGUAUUGAUAAGUUAGAGCACGCCGCGGAUUUUCUGCAAAGAGCUCUGACAACAUCGUAUAAAAAAAAUCGCCCCACAAUCACAGUUAACUCUAGGAAAAGAGCAGAAUGGUGGAAUGCGCACCUGGAGAAACUUCGCAAAAAGACAAUAGCGCUGUGCAAUAGGGCAAAUAAAACCAAGUUGCCUUCAGACUGGGACACCUACAAGUCGGCUCAGUAUAAAUAUAACAAAAAUAAAAGAAGGUAUAAGCAGGAAGACGGGAGAGGCUUUUGUGAGGAAUCGAAAGAUAUUCCAGAAACAGCAAGGCUUUUAAAAAUCCUGGCACAAAACCCGGAAGCUCGCCUUGGGCUCAUUAGGCUUGUAAAUGGCGAGUUCGCCGAAGACGAAAAAGCAACGCUGAACUGCCUGAUGGAAAUUCACUUCCCGUGGUUUCAGAGAAUUCAAACCGACCCAGAGGAGUAA